CCUCCCCCUACCACCCUACACUAAAACCCUAAACCCUAACCCUAGCUGCGACCCUAACCCCUUACUUUACUCUCUCCUCCCUCGUCCGCUUCGGCGCAUUGGUGCCUUGUUUGGGGCUUGCGGGAGCGCAAUGGGGAUCGAUCUCAACACGGUGGAGGAGGAGGAGGAGGAGGAGGCGCCGGCGCCGGCGGGGUCGGUGUGCCUCGAGCUGUGGCACGCGUGCGCGGGGCCGCUGAUAUCGUUGCCGAGGAAGGGGAGCUUGGUCGUGUACUUGCCCCAGGGGCACCUCGAGCACGCCGGCGACGGCGGCGCCGCCGCCGCCGCGGGGCUCGUUCGUUACGGCGUGCCCCCGCACGUCUUCUGCCGCGUCGUCGACGUGAAGCUCCAUGCGGAGGCGUUGACGGAUGAGGUUUAUGCUCAGCUUUCGCUUGUCGCUGAAACUGAGGUAAGGGUUUCCUAUUUUCAGAUUUUUUUUCCCCUCUUUUUAUUGAAUUUUUGGGCCUAUUAG